UCAGUGUCGCCGUUUUCACGGAGACCGCCUCUUGUUGAUACUGUUGUCACGAAACGAAAGCUGAACUGAUAAUUGCGGUUGUUGGCACAGAUCUACCUCAGGCCAGUAGUAGUUUAUUACUUGUUUCUGUGUAGAUUUACAGAGUCUAAUGACUCGAAUCGCAUGACCAAUACUGUAGCGAGCGUUAUACUGUAGCUGACCAGCAAUGGACACUCUUUGAGAUGGCAGCACAUGCAUCUAGAUUAAACUAAUCAGACUUCAAAGCAGCUAUUUAAAAUACCUUUGUGCCUAUUCUGAUGUGUUGACUGUUUCUGUAUCAUUCAAUAAUUCCUUUAAUGCCUAACGUUACUCGUUCUUGGACUGAGAAUAAGAACGAAAAGUACUAGCGAAUAGUUUUACUUCUCUAGCAAAACAGCAGCUUCAGGUGGUCGUUAACAAGCUUCUGCAAUAAUAAGACUAUGGCCGGGGAAAAUACCCAGUUUUGCAGUAAUUGCAAGCAUGACAUUCCAGAAGCCAACUUUACAACACAUGAGAUCCACUGUCGGCGGAAUAUUGCUCUUUGUGAGGUGUGCCAGGAGCCUUUUCCUCAUGCUGAGCUUGUGCAGCAUAAAGAGAUGGACCAUGCAGAGGAACAGUGCAAAUGUGGAUUAAAGAUAGAGAAGAGGUUCAUGGAGGUCCACCAGAGGUCAGAGUGCAGUCAUCGACUGGUCCCGUGUCAGUUCUGUGAUCUGGAGGUGGCCUCCUUUCAGGCUAAAGAGCACGAGGAUUACUGUGGGACCCGCACCGAGCCCUGCCCCAUCUGCAAGUGUAACGUUAUGCUGAGAGAACAACACAUCCAUCCAGCCCUGUGCGGAAGUCUGACUCCACCUCAGGAGAGGCACAGUAGUAGGGCCCAGACCCCAGGAGCAUGGUUUGAGGCACAUUCAAUCUAUAACCUUAUACACAAUAAUAACAGCACGGGGGCAGCAGACCGUAGGGGUCCGCCACGACCCUUGGAGGACAGACUACACAACAGCACCAGAGGAACAGUGAGGGGAGGAACCAGGAGAAAUGCAGAAACAAGGAACAAUGAUUUUGCUUAUUUGCUGGAUCAGGAAACAGAGCUGGGCAACAACAACAACAGCGUGCUGUGGUCUCUGGGACAGCUGCCAGACUAUGAGUCUUCCAGUCUGGACUACAUGCUGGCCCUCAGCCUGCAGAGUGAAGGUGACUUGGAGGACCCCCGUCAGGAGGGCGUGUGGACUGAUGUGUGGGACCGUCGCCUGGGAAGGACACCAGCCCCGAGCAAUCUCACGUCCCAGCUCACCUCCAGCACUAACAACAUCUGCACUGCGGCCUCCCCUAAAACCAACCUGACAGUGGGCCACAGCCCCUCCUCAAACAUCAUGCUGCCUUGUGAGUUCUGUGAAGAGCUCUUUCCAGAGGAAGACCUUAUCUUACAUCAGACUGGCUGCAGCCCGGCCUCUGCUAUCGCUUCCUUCAGUAAACAAGCUCCUUCUCUUCAAUAUGAAGAAAUCAUCAGUCAAGGGGCUAGUCAUGUCAUUCCUCCCCACACACCCAGUCCACCCACCCUGCCCCUCUCUGUUUCGCCGCUCUCCUACAGUUCCUCAUCCAGCCCCGUUGAGGGCGACGUGCUCAUUCCUUGUGAGUUUUGUGGUGUUGCCUUGGAAGAGGAUGUACUCUUUCACCAUCAGGACAAGUGUGACCUCCGCCCCAAGACAGCUUAUUCAAUCGACGGAUUGUCUCCACGGAAACCACACCACACCGCCAAAGAGGCCCACGAGGGGAGAUCUCCUGAGAGGCAGAGACAUCAAGCUGACCCAGAUGAGGAGCAGAUGCGGGAGACGGCUCAGGGGUGGCAGAAAGGCACCUCAGGUUUGGACCAGUGGCUGCCCUCAGCCUACAGUUACACUAAGAACACGAAUGCUGAGCAGCAGGUGAAGAGCAGGAACCAAAGUCACAGAGCAGUAGAAGUGAACACAUACCUCAUUGACAGCCUCAUGCCCCGUUCUACAACCACUUCGGGACCUCCACACAGAGGAAGAUUGGAAGGUCAAAGGAGUGAUAAAAACACAGAGACUCCAAAGGUGCCUAAAAAACAUAAUGUUGAAAAAGAGGAGGAGGAGUAGAAAAGGGGAAAGAGUCUAACCAAUCUUUGAGUCAAAGCAGUGACCUGUUAUUACUGUCUAUAUGCUAUUAUGUUUGUGUCUGUAAAUCUUUUACAUGUCCAGCUGAAUUGAUCAAUUAUUUGGCUUGUAAAUGUAUUUCUUUAAUUGCACUAGUUUUUUUCUUCAUUGUAUUUUUUCUAUGGUGUUUGUAUGUGAUUUUAAAUGUUUGUUUUGAGCUUUGUUCAAUUUUCUUUGUUUCAAAGACGUUGGAACAAUGUUUUAUAUUUUACUGCAAACUCUACAUGUUAUAGUAUAAAUAUAGAAACUCCCAUAAAACUUUACUGUAUUGUUUUAUACAUUGGUUAAUGCAGUGGUUAACAUGAACAGCUGAA